AUGGCGCCACGUAUGCUCUCACUGGCAGCUCUAGGGCUCGCCGUGACCCCCGCCCUAUCGGCCGCGAGUAACUGCUCUAUUCAGACCUUCCAGUCCUUCUUCGAUGCCAAUGGAACCAAUGCACGCGUGGUGUACGCUCAUCACUAUGCGGAGAAUUCAACCUUUGUGAAUCCUAACAUUACAUCGGCCGUCAAUCCGACAGAGUUGCCCGCUGCCUGUGCUAUCCAGGUCAACGCCACAACCGAUGUCAACACCCACUUCAGUUUCGGUGUCUUCUUCCCCGACACCUGGAACCAGCGUUUCUUUCACGCUGCCCAGGAAGGUGAAGAUAUCAAUUGGGUUGAUAUGGCCGUUGGGUUGCGCUAUGGCUUCGCUGCUGUGGCCACCGAUACUGGCCAUACUGGCUCGGACAUGGCCGGUGUCUGGUGGAAAAACCCCGAGUCGAUCAGUGAUUGGGCCUGGCGUGCCAACCACUUGACCAGUGUGUUGGGCAAGUUUCUGGUCGAGAGCUUCUACGGCCAAAAGCCCAAGUACAACUACUUUGCUGGCUGCUCGACUGGUGGUCGUCAGGCCAUGAAGGAGACGCAAAAGUUUCCAUUGGAUUAUGACGGUGUUAUCGCAGCCUGUCCUGCAUGGUGGACCACCCAUCAACAACUGUUCAACCUCAAGCAAACAACCUUCCAAGCACCCGAGGGUUCCCCACAUACAAUCCCGAUGGAGAUAUUCGCCGUCAUCGGGGAAGAAGCAAUCCGCCAGUGCGAUCCUCAAGACGGGCUGGUCGACAACAUCAUUUCGGACCCGCUAGGUUGCAAUUUUGACUACCUCCCCCUGCUGUGCACCGAGACCAAAAACACCAGCUGCUUGACGGGGCCCCAGCUGGAGACCCUGCACCACAUCUACAACGACUGGGUAGAGACGAACCAGACGUUUGUCUACGCCCAUUCUCUGUAUGGCAGCGAGGUGAUGUGGAGUGAAGGCGGCUCUUUUGGCAAUGGCAGUGCCGGCAACGUGGAGACGCAGCUUUGGUACCCCCGUCAAAUGCUCGGUAUGGCCAAUUUCACCGCGGAGGAUCUUGACUUCAGCUUGGUGGAGUAUGCCGAUCAGACCAACCCCGGCGACUCCUCGGCCGACAACUAUGAUCUGGCCCAGUUCUACCGACAUGGAGCCAAGCUCAUUCACUACCACGGCCACUCGGAUGCCACGGUGCCCCCCGGUAUCGGCCUGUAUUACCGCGAUCACUUGGCCGCCACGAUGGCCCCUCAAGGUAUCGACGUCGAUGAUUUCUAUCGCCUGUUUCUGAUUCCUGGCAUGGAGCACUGUUACAACACACCCUCGACGAUGAACGCGCCGUGGUACAUUGCCGGGCCCACGCAAGCCAGCUCGCUCAGCGCAUCCCUCCACAGCGUCCCGGGCUAUCAAGACCCGAAACACGAUAUCCUUCUUGCUUUGAUUGACUGGGUGGAGAAUGGUGUCGCGCCCGAGUACAUCAUCGGGUCCCAUUUUAACAGUAGCGUGGACAUUAGCGCCUCUACCAUCGACAAGCAACGGCCGAUCUGCGCGUACCCGAAGAUGGCUCAGUAUGUGGGGUCGGGGGAUAUUAAUGGCGCGGCCAAUUUCGAGUGCAAGACUUUGUACUAGCUUUACACAAAUGAUGAAAUGGCACUGCGGUAAGGUGCAAUGGCCUCGUUUGUCGAAGGCAUGGUGACAGAAAAGUGGUAUUAGCAUUU